GUGCGACACGGUGAUGAACUUCUUGGUGCCACCGCCAAUGGACUGGAUUGCCAGCGAGGCCUUGGCACGCCCAAUGGCGACGUGGCGCAGCGAGUGCACGUCACUGUGAAGGUUUCGCCACUGGACGUGCUUGCGCAGGAGGACAAAGUCGUUGGUCAUGAUGUUUCGCUGGGGUCCGCUCAGUGCCUGGCAGUUGUGUGCCGCGUCGAGCGGCAGGUGUCGCGGGAUGGGCUCCUCCGCACGGCUCACGCUGCACACCGCCGUUGGGCCGUACAUGUUAACAAGUGCAUCGUAGUUGCCCGC